UAUGAACGCGAGGAGAGUGCGCGCAUGCGCUCUUCAUAAUUUGGCGGGAAUUUAAUAUUUUAAUAAAUUUAUUUUUUUAAUAAUGUAUAUUGUGAUACAGUGAGUUAUAGUGAUAACUAAAUGUCAAAAACACAAUACAUCGUUAGAAUUGUGUGCAUGACAUUGUUCUACUACGUUUUGUUAUGCGUUUUUAAACAGUUAAAAAAAUUGAUUGAGUGAAUCAUACGAUUUAAGUUUUUGUUGGAUUGUCAAGGCAAUUGGUACAUCACAAUGUCUGACGACGGGAACUUUACAGAUGACGUCACCUUGAGCCAGGGACCGAGCGAACUAUCCAAAUUCUCUCCAGGACUACUAACGUUUGCAGCCGUGGUUACAGGCAUCAUUAUGUUAGUAGGACUAUUUGGAAACCUACUCACAGUCGUAGCACUUCUCAAAUGUCCCAAAGUGCGAAAUGUGGCCGCAGCCUUUAUUAUAAGUUUAUGCAUAGCGGAUUUCUUGUUCUGCGCCAUUGUGCUGCCGUUCGCCAUAUCAGGAUUUUGGACCAGGACGUGGUCUCAUGGGGGUGCUUUGUGUAAGCUAGUACCGUUUUUACGGUACGGUAAUGUAGGCGUUUCAUUGUUGAGCAUCGCCUUAAUUACAUUGAAUAGGUACAUAAUGAUAGCGCAUCACAGUUGGUACGGACGUGUGUACAGAAAGCACAAUAUAGCUCUAAUGAUUGUGUUUUCGUGGAUGUUCUCAUAUGGAAUGCAGAUACCAACGCUAGUUGAAGUAUGGGGUAAAUUCGACUACGAUCCAGAAUUGGGCACGUGUUCAAUAGUUCCUGAUGAAUUUGGUCAUUCUGCCAAAACAGCGCUAUUCGUGAUUGCCUUCAUCGUGCCAGCUCUGCUAAUCUUUAUAUGCUACGCCAGGAUCUUUUGGGUUGUACACAGAUCAGAACAAAGAAUGCGAGAGCACCAACGAUCACAACACAACAAUCCAAGAACACUAAACAACAGUACAGCUGACAAACGGUCUACUAUCAAAGAUAAUAGGGAGACGAAAGCGCGACGCAAUGAGUGGAGAAUCACAAAGAUGGUGCUCGCCAUUUUCCUUUCAUUCCUGGUUUGCUAUCUGCCGAUCACUAUUGCGAAAGUCGCUGAUAAUCACGUGCAUUAUCCAGUGUUCCAUGUGACCGGGUACCUGCUGUUAUACGCGAGCGCAUGCGUAAACCCAAUAAUCUACGUAAUAAUGAACGCGCAGUACCGCGCUGCGUACGCAGCGGCCCUGUGCUGCCCCCUGGCGCGGCUGUCAGGCCUCACGAGCGGUGCGUAUCCAUCCUCACCGAUCGCAUGCCAACAAGCAGUCAGGAAGUCCGAGCGUACGUCGGCAUUCGCCUCGUAUAUCAAACCGUGAAGAGAAAUGGAACGACCGUCAAGGCUACAGCUACAGCAACACACGAACGGCGCUCAGCCAAGUGUCACUGGGGGAGUCGAGAGCCGACCCUCGGGCUUCUCAGCUCCCUGCAGGCAAUGGCGGAAGGUAGACUCAAACCUCCGCUCCGAGGAACCCUCGCCAACCGGUUAUCGGCUCGCUCAAGAAGGUUUCAAGACAGGUUCUCUUCAAAGCAUCAGGGAAGAGAGAAGUGGACCACCAAAAGUUACCAGAUUCCAUAUUGUUAGUUACGGGCAUAAAAAUGACAAACAAACUAAUGUUUAGCUUCUGUCGUUCGCUUAUAAGACGUACCAAAGACAAUAAAGACUAUACCAAAUAUUUUAUGUUAAGACUUAUUAAAACGUAUAACACUGUUUAUUGUAAUAAAGGUGCUGUUUUAUUUAAUCUUAUUACACUUAAGAAAAACAAUCAAAAUAAUAAAGUCCGUCCUAAAAGCGAGCGACAGUAAGCUCAUAAUAAUAUGUAAAUAAAUACAGGUGCCUUUUAAAUUAAGACAUUAAUAUUUAUUAUGGUUGUAAGUAAAUGUUCGCGUCUUCCACAAAUGUUUUUUUCUGACAAUAAUUUUGAUAAAGGUUGUAUUUAGUCAGUGUUAAAACUUGAAUACAUACGUAAACAUUCCAUGUUAGUUAAGUGUUUGUAUGCAGUGAAGUGCGUGUCAUGUGUUCACUGUUACAAAAAAAAAUAUCGAUUAUUUAAAUAUUCAAUCAGAAAGUGAUGUAAAAAGUCAGGAACAUUAAUCGUUUUACGUCUUUUUGAAAUAAAUGCAAAAGUAAGUUAAUGUUUUUCUGAAAAUUACUUGUACACCAAUGUUAAUUUUAUUAUCGCAUUAUUAUAUUUAAUAAGGCAGACAGAAAGAAUAUGGAAAACACAAUAUAGAUAGGUAGGUAUUUAAUAAUAUUUGAAUAAUUCCCGCCAAAAGCAGAGAUAUUAUUCGGUCACUGUUGUUGUCACUCUUUGCCUGAAAUACCUACGUAACCCUACUGCCUAUUUACGUUAUAGGAAAUAAUCAAACUCUACUUAGCUCAAGCGAAUAUUAUCAGAAUCAGCGUAGACAUGUCGGAAAACUGGGUACGCUCCUAAUUUAUUGAUACAAACAUGUAUAGCAUAAUGCCAACAAUUGAAUGCAAAAUCAUGCAAGUAGCAAAUAAUUAUAAAAAAAAAUGCACGCUAUUUGUUAUAUUUUGGGAUCUCUUACGGUCCAAAAUAAUAUUUAGAAGAAAUCGGAUCCAGAGACAGUUGUCUGCCAGUUCUGCGCUGAUCUGUUCCUUUACUACACCGAAACAUUCCACCGUAGGUAUUUUUAAUCAAUUUCUAAACAAUUUGGCCAAAGAUAAUUUUAGUUUUACUUUCUCGUAUUUCAAAUAUUUAUAUAAGCAGUAUUUUAAUAUUUUUAAAAGUGGAUCAAUGGAAUUGAUGUCAAUUGUAUCAACAUGCCAUAAUAAUUUUAAGCUUAAUAAAUUUAAGCCAUAAUAAAUUGUAAUAAAUUAUUUGUAAAUAAUA